UUUAUCACCUCAUGAAUCUUGAACACUAGGGUUUCGUUGGAGGCGGAGAAGGACAAGCGAUGGCGUCGCUCCGGUCGCUGAAAUCCUCAAUCUACGAUAGAGAGGAGAAGAAGAUGCAAUACCAAUCUCAGAUUAGGGGGCUCAAUGCCUACGAUCGGCACAAUAAGUUCAUGAAGGAUUAUGUACAAUUUUAUGGAAAGACAAGCCAUACACAUGAUAAAUUGCCAAUAAAGACUGACCAAGACACAAUUCGAGAAGGCUACAGGUUCAUAAUUUCUGAAGAUGAUGACAUGGAGUCAACUUGGGAGAAGAGGCUGGUGAAACGCUAUUAUAAUAAGCUUUUUAAAGAAUAUUGCAUCGCUGAUAUGUCGCUUUACAAACAAGGAAAGAUUGGCUUAAGGUGGAGAACAGAAAAAGAGGUUGUAUCUGGGAAAGGUCAAUUUAUCUGUGGCGACAAGAAAUGCAACGAGAAAGAUGGUCUAGGAAGCUAUGAAGUAAAUUUUUCAUAUGUUGAAGUGGGAGAAAAUAAACAGGCUCUUGUGAAACUGGUAGCUUGCAAGGGUUGUGCAGAGAAACUUGCCUAUAGAAGGCAGAAAGAGAGGGAGCGCCUGAAAGAUAAUGACAGGGAUACAAGCAAAAGGAAGAGAGAAAAAGAUAAGGACAAUGACAUUGAUGAUGAAUAUGACAAGAACUCAAAUACAAUAAAAAAAGGUCGAAGGACUUCAGCUUCAGUGACUAAAGAGACGGACGCUGUUGAAGAUUUUGAGGAGUUCCUUGAAGGAAUGUUUCCAUGAAAAGAAAGGCCUGUUCACUAUCCUAUGCUAUGUUGUGUCAUAUACAAACUUAAGCAUGCACUAUAAACUAAGAAAUUGAGUUAUCUGCUGAUUGUCAAUCAAGGUGGCGAAUAUUUUUUACUACAAGUGAUGUGAAAUCAACUAGCUCAUGGAUGCAAGUAUGACCUUGAGAUCAGGUCAAAUAUAAUGAGAUUCAAUAUAAAUCAAGUCUUUUGCCUCUCA